CCAAAAGGCAAGUCUCACCGGCCGUGCUAUUGUGGACGCGGUGGACAAGGUCCCGUGUUUGGACCUACAAAACAGCUACAAACCAUCCACAUCGUCUUGUUGGUGGUUUGUGGCUACUUUCACGAUUAACCUUCUCUUAACUUUCAAUUUUUCCCUUCACUGCUCUUCAUUACUAGCUCAAAACGCUGAAGAGAAUAUCUCGUGAUGUCGAUUAAUAUUGAACACCAGAACCAAACCAAAGCCAGCGGAGUUUCCAUUACCGCAGACUUGAAGGGCAAAGGCAAGGAGAAGGAAAUAGAUCUCCCUGCCAACGAGAACGCGUCAGACGCGUCAGACGCUGCAGAGUCUGAAUAUGAUAAAUUGGGCAACUACCCUCUAGAACGAUUCCCUUCGCCACCAAGCGACGAACCCAACGCUGCACCCACCACCACCCCACAUGCUGCCACCCAAAAUUUAAAUACCCCGUCCCUCGACCCGCCUCUCAUGAAAUUCAUCUACCCCCCUCCAUCCCCUCUCUGCGAUGACCCUACGUGGUUUGCUCAGAUGGUCGCCGACGUCCAUCGCAAUCGCAAUCACCUCAUCACCCAACUGGAGCUAGCCAGAGCUGAGGCCGCUGCCGCGCUCGCCGAUGUCACUCUCGCACAGCUCGAGCUCCAGGCUGAGACCGAUGGAAUGCAAAAGUUACUGGACGACGUGGCAGCUGUAGCUGGGCCGAACGUUGUGAACAAGUUGAUCAAGAGCGUCCAGUCGGCGCUGAAGAAUGACGAUGAAGACCCAGAGGACUUGCAAGAUGCUGAUGAUGAGAAUUCGAGCGGCGACGGCGACGAGCAUGAAGUGGAUCUGCAUGAUGCCCAAGAUGAGAAUUUGAGCGCUGGCGAGAGCGAAGAUGACCUGCAAGACGCAGAAGAUGACCGCAGCGACGGCAAUUUAUGGUCGCGCGCAACUGACAACAACUCCGACUACCCUCGAUGCUUCCGCCAUGAGGAUUCCAUCGACGGCAGUGACGCUGAGUCUCCGUUCGCCUAUGACAGUCGUGAACUCGCUCUCGAAUGGCAUUUGAAUGAGCCAAGCAACCCCGACAAUGUCAGUGGGUGGUUUGAAUCUUCACCCACGAAUGGCAGGAAUAAACGCCGCCUCGAAGACGAAGAAGAGGAAGAACUCAGCCCCUUGAGUUAUUUCCGGAAAAAAGUCAAGGUGGACGAAGGCGAAGCAGGAGAGACCGAAAGCGAAGUAUCUAUCCCGCAGUACGAUUCGGCCCGAGAGAAAACUCAAUCCGAGAUUGAUUCAGAGGAGGAAUACGAAGUGGAGAAUCUUACUCUCGAGAUUGACCCCGAACUACUUAGUCGUCCCCUGUGCAGGGACCCCUUCAGGCUACGCCAGAAUUCGGGGGGUGAACCCGAGUUGUAUAUUCCCGAGAAUUGAUGACACAAGUACAUAUAUUAUAUCUCUUAGCCUCAUUGAUUUUCAGUCAUUUUAUACCAAUACUCCGUCGUUUUACCAGUCUAAUACCUACAUACCUCUCUGAUGGUAGCUUCUGGUUUUACGUUCUUACCGGGGGGAAACGGACUACAAUAUUACUGUGC